UAGUAUUAUGCAAUAACGUGCCGGUUGGUGUCAGGUUGGUACGUUGGACCUUAAGUAUUUGCGACAAAUCACGUUUUUUUUUUCGUAUUUUUACGAAGGGUGGUCCGAAAUGGGGAUAUUUUCGCGUUCAUACAUGAGUCAGCUAGUAAAUCGUAUCGUUUCCGUCGACAGACGAGCAUCGACGUUCCGGCAUUUUGCACGACGUUUUCACGUAUCAUCGCAAAACAUGGUUAUCGCCGUUGGAGACAAGCUUCCCAGUGUGGAUCUCUUUGAGAGCACACCAGCAAAUAAGGUGAAUCUAGCGAAGGAAGCAGCUGGGAAGAAAAUCAUCGUGUUUGCUGUGCCAGGUGCAUUCACACCGGGUUGCUCUAAAACCCAUCUCCCCGGCUAUGUUGAAAAAGCAGUUGAACUGAAGUCCAAAGGAAUUUCAGAGAUCUUCUGCAUCAGCGUUAAUGAUCCAUUCGUUAUGGAAGCUUGGGGAAAAGAACAUGGUGCGAAUAACAAGAUACGGAUGCUAGCCGACCCCAAGGCGGAAUUUACAGAUGCUGUAGAUCUCAGCGUGGACCUGCAGCCUUUGGGAGGCAAACGCAGCAAACGUUAUUCUAUGAUCGUUGAAGAUGGCACUGUAAAGGAGCUCAAUGUGGAGCCGGAUAACACGGGUCUGUCUUGUUCUCUGGCAGAUCGCAUCAAAAUCUAAGGCACGUUGUGAUAUUUUUUUUUUCCGUAUUUCCUCUUUCACAUCAACGUGUUUCUACUAUCAAUCUAAUAUUACUACCUCUUUAGCUAGCACGUAUGCUGUAAUGAGACUAUUAUGAUACACUUAUUUCCAAUUGAUAUCAAUGUGAUAAGUGUCUGCUUACGAGAUGUUUCUGCAUUUUCUAUUUGCGUUAAAAAUUUUAGGGUUAAACGAAUAUAAGGAUCUCAUUUACGAUAAUUG